AUGGGAUGCGCCUUUAGUGGUGGGGCAGCCCGUCGUGGAUCCGGUUUGUUCCGGGGCAGAAAAGGGCACAACCCUCACCCCAAAGGCCACAGCGUUUCGCGACGCAGACGCAUAUAUAAGAGGCGGCCGCGCGCAAACGGGAAGAGGGUUGGCCACUUCAGCAGGCGGGCGCGGGCACGGCAUCCCCUUCUUGGAUGCAAUGCUGGCCCCAUGCCGAGGUGCAUCGUCGUUUUGGCGCGGUGUAGGGAAUCCCGCGUGGCUCGGCAGGCUUGCCGCCGCAAGCUGGGGUGGGGGGCUUUGCGCAUACGUGUUUGUAGCGCGGCCGUGGUGCACACAAUGGCAAAAGACAGCGCUCACUCGGACGCGCUGGAUCGUGAAGGGGCGGCCAUCGACAGGGCACUGCAAGACCACAAGGUGGGCGCCACGUGGCCUCGGAGAGUAAUCCCGCGGAUGGCAUUUCCAGAGGUCAGAACGUAA